UUGUGUGACUGUCAUGAGCUGCAUAAUAUUUCCAAAAAGGAGGAAUCUUAUUUGCUCUGUGUGGUGUGUGGUGUAACUGCCAGCGCUAGUCCAACUCACUUGCUGUUCCAAAUCGAAAGCGGUUCCGUUACUUCCGUUUACUCGAAAACGAAACUCCACGUAAUGUUCCACGUAAACGCUGUAGCCUAAAUGUAUUCAUUGUGGUUUAUCGACCUACAAAGAGUCACACGAAAAUGUUGCGAUCCUAAGCUGAUCCAGGUGAAUCAAACGAAACAUUGGCUAUUUGGCUGAGAGGGACAUUGUAUCGCUGAAAGUAGAUACUGCGGGGAAAUAAAUCAGCCAUCACAGAAGAUUGUGAACAACUAAGUCAUUUUCACGAGAGUGUGGCACACAGUACUGUGCCAAUGUCUACAUUGAAUGCCAGUGGUGGUGCAGAGAACUUAGAGGAGAAAAUAUGUGCUUUCUUAAAGAGAAAGGGAGCUGUCGGGUUAAAGGCCUUGGAGAUUGCCAAAGGAGUCGGGCUGACAAAGGCCAAAGAUGUUAACAAAGCACUGUACGACUUGCAAAAGGCUGGGCGUCUGCAGAAAGCAGGGGAGACUCCCCCUCUCUGGUCCCUGGCGGGGCCCUGUGUGUCAGCUGAGGGGCCCUGUGUGUCAGCUGAGGGGCCUGGGGCACCCAGCCUCGCUGUUGCCCCUUCAAAGGAUAAAAUAAAGACCAUUCUUAGGUCACUCUCAGGCCGUGGAGGGGUUACAGCCAAGAAACUCGCAAGGGAAUUGAACCAACCCUGCAAAGCUGUUAACGCCCAACUCUACGGCAUGCUGGCAAGUGGAGAGGUGGAACAAACGAAGUGGUCUAAAGACGAUCCCUCCCUCUGGAGCUGCGCUGAGGAAAACGGACACGGACAUAAGAAAGCAGGAAGUGACAACCAAAAUGAUUCAGUAGUAUGGACUACUGGUGAAAGCAGUGACAGUAACAGACUUACGUCUCAUCUGCCCGUCUCAAGGUUUUCGGAGGAAUACAGUUCAAUACAGAAGCUGGAUGAAGGUGGAUUUGGAGACAUUUAUAAGGCAAAACAAAACCUUGAUAAGACAUACUAUGCCAUUAAGGUGGUGAAGUAUUAUGUGCAUGCAUUGCGUGAAGUUGAAGCUUUGGCACAACUUCAGCACCCCAACAUUGUGCGUUACUCCACAACUUGGAAAGAGUCAAGUCCCCCGCAACCCACAGAAAGGUUUAAAGAUGAAGAGGAUGAAUCUGAUGAAGAGGAUGAAUCUGAUGAAGAAGAUGGAUCAGAGUCAUCAGAUGUAUCCUUCAAAUCAAAUGCCCCCAGUACAUACCUGUACAUCCAAAUGGAGUUCUGUGGGGGGGGGACACUGACUGGCUGGAUCGAUAAGAAGAAUCAUGAGGAGGCCCGAGGAAAAAUGGAGACGCUGAACAUAUUUCAGGAAAUAGUGGGUGGAGUGGAAUAUAUUCAUUCACAGGAACAUAUUCACAGAGACUUGAAGCCUGACAACAUACUCUUUGGAAGUGACGGUACAGUUAAGAUUGGAGACUUUGGACUUGUGACAAAAAAAAAGGACAAAAAUGGCGCUGCUAUUGAACGGACCAAGAAAACAGGAACAGAAUCUUACAUGAGCCCUGAACAGGAAAACCGGAGUGAAUAUGAUGAGAAAGUGGAUAUCUUUCCCCUUGGCUUGAUCUUUUUCGAAAUACUCUGGAGGCUUUCGACCGGCAUGGAGCGAGUGAUGCUUUGGGUUGAUCUGAGGAGAGGAUUCCUUCCAGAGAAGUUCCGUAAGGAGCACAGGUUUGAGCAUGCACUCAUCAAGAAGAUGCUCUCCGAAGCUCCAGAAGGUAGACCAGAGGCCAAAGACAUCGUCAAGGACCUGAUCCUCCUGAUAGGAAAACAGGCCGGCCCGCUCGCUACUAAAAGUGCUUGAGCAUGAGUCAAUGGUGACUGUGUACAAGGCCUAAUUAAAUAACUGUGUGGGAUAGACAUGCAUUCACCAGGGUUGAUGUGAAACAGUGUCAAUGCUAAAGUAGGGGAGACAGAAAUUUCCCCUGCCCCUCCUUUCUGAUAUCCCUAUCCUUGUCUAAGGAUAUUUCCCCCCCCCCCCCCAAAAAAAAAAAAAAAAAAAAAAUGCACUUAUGAUGACAACUAUGUUUAGAACAGCAUUUCAUGUGUAUUUUGCUAGUUUCUGGAUGUGAUGCUUUGACUUAUGGUAGAACCUAUGCACUUGUAAGUCGCUUUGGAUUAAAAGCAUCUGCCAAAUGACUAAAAUGUAAUGUAAAAUGCAAUUAAUACAAAAUCAUAUAAAAUACUGGGUUAUGGCACAAUGAACUGUGCCUUAACUCAGAAUCCUCACCAUACCAUUGCCCAGUGCGGUCUGUGGGCAGGGGAAGGGGGGCUUUAAUUGGCUAGGAUGUCUCAUCGUCCAAGAGCUCUGAUUGGAGACAUUCAGUCUGGGAGUUGGAGGCAUGAUGGACUAUCAACAGUAAUAAUGCAUUGGGAUGUGCCAUAGGCUGUAAGCCUAAUUGCUUUCAUAAGAACAGUUUAAACAAGGAGUGAAAUCACGUGGAGGGUGCCAUGUAUAUCUCUGAAGGAAUUUUUUGUCAGAAUUAAACCAUGUUGGUGUCGGGCUAAUGAUAUCAAAUGUAGAGUGAAGGAUGUCACAAUAAUGAAAUGGUAUAGAGAGGUCUCACAUUUACGGUACAUGCACAUAUGUGUUGUGAUACUUAAAACGAUGUAAUUUGCAGUUCACCACAGGAGGGCACCAUCCCUCCACUGAAACGCCCAUCAAGCCAUUGUGAUACAAGUCACUUUAGUUUUUACGUUUUUUGCUUUCUGGCAUGAACUGAUGAGGUCAAGAAGACCAUGAUGCGCUGCUACCUGUCACAGGAUUCUUAUCUCUUAUUUUCAGCUCUCACAACGGUGUGUCUCAUUAUUAUAGUUGUGUUUGCUAGGAUGCUUUUUUGUAUUGGUUUUACAUGAGUGUGUAUUAUUGGUUUUACAUGAGUGUGUAUUAUUUUUUCCCAUUGUGUUUUUUUAAAACGGUUUUAUAGAUAUAAUCCUUUGUCGGAUUAAUCUACAAGGCCCAAGUUCUUAUUUUUUUAUCUUCUUUGCACUUGAAACUGUACUUCCCUCUAGGGUCUUUCAGUGCACUUGUCCCUAGCUAUGGGUAUGCACUUUGUUGUUCGUCGCUCUAGAUAAGAGCACCUGCCAAAUGCCUAUAAUGUAAAUGUACUGUAUUCGUUGACUGGGAAAGUCAUGGGGAUGCACACUAUGCUGUGUCCAUGUAAUUAUACCAUAGUAUAUAAUAAAGGACUAUUUUACUGCC